GCCAAUACGAGAUUAUAAAUAGAGGCCUGCUAUUAGCUCUACAAGGCGAACACAAACCUACAAGCUACAACAUGGCUUCCUCUACAUCCACCAUCUCAUUGCUUUCCCUCUUUCUCUUCUCACUCUUGGCUUUCGUUUCUCAAGCUCAAGUUCCUGCGAACGAAACUUUCAAGUUUGUCAACGAUGGAGAGUUUGGGCCUUACAUUAUAGAAUACGAUGGAAACUACCGUAUGAUUAGUGUGUUUAACGCCCCCUUCCAACUUGGCUUCUACAACACCACCCCAAAUGCCUUCACUCUUGCUCUUCGCAUGGGCUUGAGGCGAUCCGAGUCACUCUUCCGUUGGGUUUGGGAGGCCAACCGGGGAAACCCAGUUGGCGAAAACGCCACUCUCACAUUCGGGACAGACGGCAACCUUGUUUUGGCCGAGGCUGAUGGCCGAGUGGCGUGGCAAACCAACACUGCCAACAAAGGGGUGGUAGGCUUCAAGUUGCUUCCAACAGGCAACAUGGUGCUUUAUGACUCAAAGGGCAACUUCGUUUGGCAAAGCUUUGACCACCCUACCGACACUUUGUUGGUGGACCAAUCUCUAAAGGCCGGGGCAGUAAACAAGCUCGUGAGUCGGGCCUCCGAGACCGAAAACAAAGAUGGGGCUUAUAGCUUGGUGAUGGAGCCCAAGGGAAUAUUUUUGUACUAUAAGAGCAAAAACUCCCCAAAGCCAUUGCUCUACUCUCAAGUGAUUACUAUUGAUAAGGGCUCACUUGACCAUGCAACCUUGAAAUGUACCCCGGACACAGAUGAGGGUUAUGCUUAUGACAUAACCCUAAAUUAUGAAGCGGCCAACUCUUCUUCUGGUGGAAAUCGCAUUCUAGCUAGACCCAAAUACAACAGCACGUUGACCUUCCUCAGGCUUGGAAUUGAUGGAAAUGUCAAGCUAUACACUUACAACGACAAGGUGGAUUGGGGUGCAUGGGAGGUGACCUUCACUCUUUUCGACAGAGAUAAUUCAAUCUGGGAAACUGAGUGCCAGUUGCCGGAGCGAUGCGGAAACUUUGGCCUCUGCGAGGACAGCCAAUGUGUUGCUUGUCCAUCGUCAAAGGGAUUGUUGGGUUGGAGCAAGACUUGUGAGCCCGAGAAGCUAACUUCUUGCAAUCCAAAGAGCUUCCGCUACUACAAAGUUGAAGGGGUUGAUCACUUUUUGAGCAAGUACACUAGGGGAGAUGCUACAAAGGAGGCUGAUUGUGGUAAGAAGUGUACUUCGGAUUGCAAGUGUUUGGGGUACUUUUACAACCAGGAUACAUCAAGGUGUUGGAUAGCUUAUGAUUUGAAAACUUUGACCAAAGUUGCCAAUUCUACUCACGUGGCUUAUAUCAAGACACCUAACUAGUAAUAUAUUUAUAGGGACUAGAUCUUCACUUUGUUGUAUUUCUGAUCGAUCGAACAUCAAAUGUUAUGAACUCAAUAAAGAUUUGUUUGGAUUCUCCAGGUGAGUGGAGAACAUUAUAUCAUUAAAAAUGCAGUGCAAUAUUCUCUUUGUGU